AUGCCCGCCUUGGUUAAGGUUAAUGAUAAGUAUUCUCGGGAUAACAUAGAGUCACAAUAUUCCAAGACGGAAUCCAACGACACAUCCUGGAUGUCCCUCCCUCGCAAGGACCAAUUGGCAAUCCUCUUCCUAUGUCGCCUAGUCGAUUUCCUGCAAGUAGCAUCUCUACAGGCUUAUGUCUUCUUUCAACUCAAAGCCAUUGAUAAUACCCUCUCCGAUUCCGAGAUAUCGAAUCAGUCAGGUAUACUCCAAGGUGCUUUUACUGGAGCGCAGGUCCUUACUGCGUUUCUCUGGGGCAAAGUUGCGGAUGCUAGCUGGUGUGGACGAAAGCGGGUUCUCCUCAUUGGACUCUUCGGAACGGCAAUUUCGUGUCUAGGUUACGGGUUUGCAACUAGCUUCUCUUCGGCUGUGUUUUGGCGCGCCGCUGGAGGUGGCAUCAAUGGCACUGUGGGAAUAAUACGAACUAUGAUUGCCGAGAUCACAGUUGAGAGAAAAUACCAGUCCCGAGCCUUUCUGAUACUGCCUAUUAGCUUUAGUUUAGCAAAUAUAUUAGGACCUCUAAUGGGAGGUUUAUUAGCGGAUCCCGCAACAUCACUUCCCUGCCUUUUUGACGAGGGUGCUAUUUGGAGUUUCGGCUGGAUUCAGGAGUAUCCUUAUGCUCUACCAAGCGUCCUCAAUGCCGUCACCUUAGCAAUCACGGGUUUGGUAGUAUUCUUUGCUCUUGAAGAGACUUCAAGCGAAAGAAAAGGGAAAAGAGACAUUGGCCUAUAUCUUGCUUCCCGUCUAAAGAGCAUCGUGUUUCGCGAGCCUCCUGCAGGGAGCGGCUAUUUUAAACUCCAGCCAUGGAAUUCUCCAGACAGUCCAGUUGAGUACAGGGAAGAGAGCGAGAGACCGUUCGUGUACGAGGAACCGAAGCCUAAGAGGAACGGACGAGCGCUACCUUUUAGUCGUGUAUGGACGAGAAAUGUUAUAUUUACAUUAAUAACCGAAGCAUUCUACGACUUUCAGCUUGGUGCAUUCACUAACAUAUGGACGCUCUUCCUUUCCUCACCCCGCUCAUCGCCGAAUGAGACUACAUCACGAUCCUUACCGUGGAUAUUUACAGGCGGCCUCGGCAUGUCUGCUGCGACUGUUGGCGUUGCGACAUCUAUCUUGGGAGUUUUAGGCAUGAUUCUUCAGAUUUUCUUCUACCCUCCUGUCCACGCACGUUUGGGCACUUUACGCGGCUUCCGAUGGUUUUUGCCAUUAUUCCCUAUCGCAUACUUUCUCACACCAUACCUCGCUAUCAUACCGUCGUCCUCCGAUCCUUCGGAGCCUGCCUCAGGUCCUGCAAUAUGGAUGUACAUGACCUUUAUCCAACUCCUUCAAGUUACUGCACGCACAAUCACGUUGCCAGCUAGCAUUAUACUGUUAAACAACUGUAGUCCUCACCCAAGUGUACUAGGUCUCAUUCACGGCAUCGGACAAAGUGUUUCAGCAAGUUUCCGGACGAUUGGACCUAUUGUAGGCGGAUGGUGGUAUGGCUCGGGUCUAGAAAUGGGGAUGGUAGGCUGGAGCUGGUGGGCUGUUGCAUUUAUCUCGGCUUUGGGUUGCGCAUCUGCGAUGCUCGUCUACGAAGGAACUGGUCACGAGAUCUUGCUCGAAGGCGAAAAGGACGAGGUUCAUUAG